UAAUACCAUUAGCGAUGACGAAUGUCAAGAUAUAUUUAUUUUAAAUGUAUUGCAAUUGUUAUUUGAAUUGACAUUUAUAUAAUUAUAAACAUCUUAUCAUUUUUUCCGAACAGACUUGUACGAAAAUGGAUACGAAAGAGCCUCCUUUAGCUUUAGAAAAUGGCUUGGAUUUAGGCAAACUUUUUACAACGGGUUCUGUUCUUCACAUAAAUGAAGAUUAUGAUGACACAGAAUAUAAUGCUAUAUUUGAGAAUAAUGAAGACAAAAUAAUUGAUUAUAUUGGAGGACCGGUCUCUUCAUUUGAGGUAUUUGAGAAACAAUUGAAACCAGUAGAUGAAAAUGGACUUGUCAAGAAAAAAAUUUUGGAGGAAGGUGGGGGAUUACCUUUAAAUAAAGGAUGCACUGUUUCCUUAUUUUUUUCAGGUUAUUGGGAAAAUGAGACUGAGCCUUUUGACUAUACAAAAUCACAUAAACCUUUGGUAGUAAAUCUUAAUGAAAAUGGCUUGCUACCAGGUAUACAAAUCGCCAUAGAAUCCAUGUUAGUUGGUGAGAUGGCUGUGUUUCACUUGUCAUAUGUAGUUAUGUAUGGACAAAUGGGUGUCCCACCUAGAAUAAAACCUAAAGCUGAUUGUAUUUUUUAUAUAAAGCUUAUAAAAAGUAUCAACACACCUAAAGACGGGAAACUAGAUUUUUCGGAGUCUAAUAUAUUUGAUAGAGUUCAUCAUGAAGUUAAAGUGCUAUAUAGCUUAGGUGUAACAUUACAUAAAACAAAAAACUUUACUGUGGCAAUACAGUCUUUUAGGAAGGCAAUUAAUAUGUUACACAGAUGCAGAUUGGCUGAUGAAAAAGAGGAGAACAUACAAGAAAAACUAUUAAUCAAAUUGUAUAUCAAUUUAUUGGUUUGUUAUAAUGAAACAAAACAGCCACUGAAAUCUUGUACAAUAUGUAAGGAGCUUAAUAGGUUAAACAGCCUUUGGAAUAAUGUAAAAGCCCUUUUUCAUAAUGCUAAGGCAUUGAGAAUGAUUGGUCAGUUUGACGCAGCACAAAAAAGGUUGAAACGAGCACUUCAGCUUUGUCCUGAUAAUGAGAAAAUAAUUGCUGAAUUUACAGUUCUUACUAAGACAAGAGCUUCAUGUAAUCAAGCCAAACUUGUUGAAAAUAAAAUUUUAGACUCAAAUAUAAUAAAUGAUUCAUUUAAAACAGAAGUAGACAAUCUAAUAAAGAAUUUCAAGGAAAAUGUUAAUAUAUGUAAACUGACCCUACCUGAUAAUUUAAAUGCAGCUGAGAUGGAUUAUAUUAAAGAAACUUGCGUAAAAGAAAAUUUGUUCUGUAAUCAAAUUCAGAAAGAUUAUUUAUUGGAUAAAGAAGAACAGGUUCCUAUAGAAUCAAAGAUUGAUUUAUUCAUUUGAAGAAACAAACAGUCAUUUUGAAUUUUUGUACUAGAAAGAAAAAAAAUUGGUUGUGUGAUGAUUAACAAAUGAAGAGUAUGAAACUGUGCAUAAUUUUGUUAUAAUUCUUGUAAUAAAGUUACAUUAUGUAUCCCAUGCUUUUUUCUUCAAAGUAAAAUUUUACUAGGCCAUUUUAAAAAUUAUUAAUAUAAUUAAAUAAAAUCACUUAAAUUCAACAAAUUAUAGUUUAUUUAAUGCAUAAUUACAUUUAUAAAGCUAACACAUGACUACACUCCCGUUGGAACAAUAUGAACUCUUCAAAAUGCAACAUUCUGUCUUCUUAUUUUGAUAAUGCAAAUGCAUACAUGAACCUUAAACAUCUACCAGCAAUUUUAAGUUGUUAAUUCAUUAGUUUUGUGUUGGAAGGUUUAGCAAUACAUUUUGGCCUUGAGGAAGGUAAGUAACAUUUCUUGAUUUGGAGAGUUGGUAGGCAAUGUCUUCUGCUGCUUCAAUACGUCGAAGUUCAACAAGACCUUCACCAGCUGUACCAAAUGAUUUGGCAAGUAGAACUGCUGCUUGAGCAUCACCCUCCGCUGUAAUAAUGGCUGCCUUCUUCUGUUGCUCUGCUUUUUCUACUAGGAACCUAGCUUUUUCUGCUUCUUGUUGAGCAACUUGCUUUAAUUCUACGGCUUGUGUGAAUUCCUUGCCAAAGGUUAAGUGUGUAAUUGAGAUAUCAUCUAGAAUUAA